CACAUCAUGUCAUUAUUUGCUUCUUAUGCAAAAUUGAAAAGAAAGACAUUUUGGGUUGUAAGAUAUGUUGAAGUGUCAUAAGAUGUAAGUAUUACAAUGAACAUUAAUAGGGAAUAUUGAUGUAUAGAGACAGAAAAGAGGAUAAACAAAAUAAAGCUGAAUUUAGAUUAAUUCAUUGCAAAGUGAAAGAAUUAUCAACAAAUAAUGGUUUUUAGAUAUAAAUAUUUCAUGGUGAUGAUUCAUUGAAAAUUAUGGCUCACACAAAUUAAGAGCAUAAAAAAAUUGUAUAAGCAAUCACUUAGAUUAAAUAAAAAUCUGAAUAGAAAUAAGAAAUCUAAGUUCAAGCACAAGAAUAAUAUUAGUAAGUCAGAUAGACUAUAGUGCCUUCAAUUAUCAUUUAAUAAGUAAAACCACCUACAUUUCAACCUGAUAAUGAUUUGAUUAAAUAAGGUCAAGGGGAUUAAAUUAAAAUGUAAGCAUUACAAAUGAUAAAGAAAUAUGAGUCUCAAUAGUUAACAUUAAUUAAUGUUAUUGAUGGAAUAUUUUUUUAUAAAACUGAAAAAGUAGAAAAAAAUAAUUAAGAAACUGAAAAGUAGUCAAAUAUCAUCAGUCUAAUUUCAGAUGAAAUAAAAAAUGUUGGAUAUUUAUUAACAAUUGCUAUAGCCAUUAUAUUCUUUACUUUAUUAUCAAUAUUGGUCUAUUUAUUAUUGAGUCUAGUAGAUAAUAGAACUUAUACAUAUAGUAUACUUAUUACAUUAAAUAUCAUUAUUUUACCAUUGUUAUUAAAUAAAUAUAGUCCUCCCAAAAAGACAGAAAAAUUACAAUAAUUUAUGGUUUAAUGUAAAUGUUUAAUGAAUGUGGAUUAUAAUGCUUUGGUUUAUUUGAUUGGUAAGUUUGAAGUUAGAAAAGAUUGGACUCCAAAUCUAUUAUUAAUAAAUAAUGAUAAAAAUUUAAUUACAGCAUUAUAUUCAAAUUAAUUGGUUGAAAAAUUUACUUAAGCAGUAUUUUAUGAUGAAGAUACUUUUUAUGUAGUUGAACAUUUUAAUUUAAAAAUCUUGAGAUUAUUUGUUAUCAAAUAUCUCUUUGAAGAAGAUAAUCUAGAAGUUAGAUGUAUUACAGAUAAUACACAAAUGUAGAUAUUGCCUUGUCUUAAACAAUUUAUCAAAAUUCAAAAAUAGAAUCCAAAAAGCAUUUUAAUUGAAUAUCAAGCUUCUAAAACAUCUAUUGAUUAGAUAUCUGUUAUUUAAUCAGAAAUCAUAUACAAAUAGCCUGAUUAUUCUAAAAUUACUUAAUCUCCAGUUUAAUCCAUCUCUGUUGAAUAAUAACCUUCAACUAUUCUAUCUAAUUCUCCUAGAUAAAUAUCACAAUUUUAAUAAUUGCCUUAAAAACCAUAAUAAUAAUCACAAUUAUAGUAACCAUAGUAAUAAUAAUAAUAAUAAUAAUAAUAAUAAUAAUAAUAAUAAUAAUAAUAAUAAUAAUAAUAAUAAUAAUAAUAAUAAUAAUAAUAAUAAUAAUAAUAAUAAUAAUAAUAAUAAUAAUAAUAAUAAUAAUAAUAAUAAUAAUAAUAAUAAUAAUAAUAAUAAUAAUAAUAAUAAUAAUAAUAAUAAUAAUAAUAAUAAUAAUAAUAAUAAUAAUAAUAAUAAUAAUAAUAAUAAUAAUAAUAAUAAUAAUAAUAAUAAUAAUAAUAAUAAUAAUAAUAAUAAUAAUAAUAAUAAUAAUAAUAAUAAUAAUAAUAAUAAUAAUAAUAAUAAUAAUAAUAAUAAUAAUAAUAAUAAUAAUAAUAAUAAUAAUAAUAAUAAUAAUAAUAAUAAUAAUAAUAAUAAUAAUAAUAAUAAUAAUAAUAAUAAUAAUAAUAAUAAUAAUAAUAAUAAUAAUAAUAAUAAUAAUAAUAAUAAUAAUAAUAAUAAUAAUAAUAAUAAUAAUAAUAAUAAUAAUAAUAAUAAUAAUAAUAAUAAUAAUAAUAAUAAUAAUAAUAAUAAUAAUAAUAAUAAUAAUAAUAAUAAUAAUAAUAAUAAUAAUAAUAAUAAUAAUAAUAAUAAUAAUAAUAAUAAUAAUAAUAAUAAUAAUAAUAAUAAUAAUAAUAAUAAUAAUAAUAAUAAUAAUAAUAAUAAUAAUAAUAAUAAUAAUAAUAAUAAUACAGUCCUGAAAUCUAAAAAAUAUUUGAUUUAACUAUUGAGGCAAAAAAAUAAUUAGAAUCUGUUUACCCUUUAGGACCUUCUUGGUAAUAGAAGGAUGACAAAGGAGGAUUCUUAAUUCAUACUAGAUAUGAUGAAGCAACAGGUUAGACUAUGAGUAGAGGAGAAGGGAUAUUACCUUAUUCAAUAUAAGAGAUAUUUGAAAUUAUUGAGAAGGUUGAGAAGAGAGGGGAUUAUGAUUCUCUCUUUGAUUCAGUAAAUAAAUUUAUUUAUUUUAGGGUUAUAUGGUUAAAAAAUUGGAUCCUGAUACAGGUAUUGUGUACUAAAGAUUUAAGACUAUUAAAUUAGUAGUUAAAUCAAGAGAUUUUGUAUUUGUAACAAGAAUCUUUAGAGAAGAAAAUAGAUGGGUAGUUAUUGCAAAAUCAAUUGAAUAUCCAGAAUUACCUCCUAUAAAAGAUUCAGUGAGAGGGGAUUUAAAGAUAGCUGGAUGGAUUUUAUAAAAAACAGAAUAAGGAACAAAGACUUGUUUCAUCACAAUGGUAGAUCCAAAAGGAUCAAUACCAGCUGCUAUUGUUGCUAGUUCUGCUAAGGAAUAAGGACAAUGUGUAGAAAAAGUAAAGGUUCUAUUAGAUAAAAGAAAUAAAAAGUGA